AUGGAACCUUCUUGCUUAAACCAGGGUUACGAAGAUGACAAGGAGGACGAAGAAAGUGACGAUGUCAACACGUCAUUUCAACAAAAUGAAGGGCGAAAGGAGUCGGUUACGUCGGUGAUGGUGUUACCUUCGAUCAGUAUUGCCCAUUUCUCCAAAGAAAAAGAGCUUACUCCCGCUGAGCCUUUAAGAAACGUCGAAGAAAAGAUUACCAUCGAGAAAGAAGAAGGCAGCUGUGAGGGCAAGGAAGAUGAUGAAGAAGACAUUUCUGGGAAAGAAGUUCUAUGUUAUGCGUGGCAGAUUGCUAAAGGGAUGGUAAGAACUUUUUCGACUGAAGAAUGUCUUUUGCAAUUUAAUCAUCGUUUGCAAAUCACAAAAAUCUGCCUCUUCCCCGUAUUUAAAGUACUUUACUACUAGUUUUCUGUGUCUGCAAGUAUUAUGCUAUCCGGUCAUGAGACGGCAGAUUUUUCAAACAUUCAAAUUGCUGCGUCAAUUAGAACAGACCAUCAGUAGGGCUAACUACUAUAUUUGCUGAAUUUUUCGUGAAACAUAGCACACAUAAAUUGAACCGUUCGAUUUUAAAAAAGGUCAAAAACGAGGUUUUUAAUAGCCUGAGAAGCCUAAAAUCUCAUGGAGCCGUCGCGAAGGUACCUAUUGAAAAAUCAGGUCUGUUCGUAUUUUGAAAAGGUGUCCAAUGAAUACAGCCAUAUGACCUGAAUAAGGCUAAACUAUCUGUUAUUUAAUUUGAAUCGUACGUACAAGCCCUGACAUUCAGGACGUUGCCAGCUUUUUUGGCUAGUUGUAGGCCUGGCUGACUUUCAUUUCCACAUAUCCUGAAAAUUGUACGCAUGACCAGUACGCACUGACCUCACCAACAAUUUGAGCUCUUGUGCUUUUCAGCUGACUCCAACAACGCAUAAUUUGUUACAAGCCGUAGAGUGAUCAAACCAAAAAUUUGAAGGCCUGGGCCUACAGGGCUGUGCGCUGGCUACGCCCCUGAGAAAAGAAGGAAGUAGAGGAAAGAAAAGUAAUGAUUAAAUUUUGUUUUCGGGACUGAAGACUGAGCAGCAAGGACUUUCUAGUAAAAUACUCACGUAAUCUGAAUCUUGGAAAGCACAAUAAACGGUCUGCAAGUGGAACUGAUGAUUGAAGCUAAGGGAUUGCUUUUUGUAAACGGCAACCAUGAUGGUAUUUGCUAACUAUUGUAAGCUCAAUUGAUAUACCGUAAAAUUCGAAAAUAAGCCACGGGGCUUAUAGUUUUCAAAGGCCUUUUUGAGGGGCUUAUUUUGGAGGGGCUCAUCUAUGGAGGGAAAUUUGUGUUUCAAAAUCGAUUGGGCUAGCCUUAUAGUUGGAAGGAAAUUUCAAGCACAAGCUUCCUGGGGCUUAUAUAUGGAGGGGCGAUUUAACGGAGGGUUUUUGGGUUACGAGUUUGGGGGCUUAUAUUUGGAGGGGCUUAUACAUGGAGGGGCUUAUUUCGAAUUUUACGGUAUCCUCUGGCUCAGCUGUAUAUUUGGCUUUUGGGUUUAGCGAAUAACACCCUCCCGGUGAUCCGCAUAACUCUGCCUCAUCCAAUAAUUGCUGUUUAUUCAAUGGUAUGAAUGAACCUUUUUAACGAAAAAUCUAAUUUCUAAAUGAAUAAUGUUCACUGAGGGUAUUCCGUUUUGGGUGACUUCGAAAUAGAAAUCAGCAGUAUAGUAACAACCAAUAGUUUUUUUUUUUUUUUCGGGCGUGGCAGUCUAAGAAGGGCUUUUUAUUCCACUCACCUUAAGUCUCCCCUGAAAAAGAGCAUCUAAUUAAGUGUCAACAGGUGUCAACGGGUUUUCUUCCGCGGUUGAAAUCUUAACUGAAAACCUUAUUUUUCAGCCAAUAUUCAUCCCUUCGAGUUAUCGAGGGUAAAAUUGCAUGAAAGUGAUCUGAAGGAAAAAAAAUUACUUCGAGUUAGCGGGAGUUUCGAGUUAUCGAGGGUUCGAGUUACCGAGGAUAAAUUACAGUAAAUGAAAUUCAGUGGAAAUGGAUUCUGGUUCGAGGUAGUAUAAGGUUCGAGUUAGCGAGGGUUCGAGCUGGAGUCGACUGUAGUUCACUUAGCUUGUUCAACUUUUGACGGCUUUUUAUGCUGAAAAGUAUACGUCGCGGGAUUUCUUGGCCAAUUCCUUUGAUUUUUUUUCUUGUUUUCCAACAGCUGUGACGGAAAUCCUCCCUCCAUUCUUCAUGAAUAGACCGACGAUCACUUCCUCCCGCUUUCCAGACCGUUUGCCAGGCACAGCGUGCAGUAGCCUGUUCCAGGCUCUCGAUAGUAGGGGUGGCACCGGCAAAAAUAAGGCAAAAAAAGCGUAAGGCACCGGCAAAAAUAUAAAAAGCGUGAUCUAGGAAAAAGGGCGGUGGCGGGCUAUCUUUCAGCCUGGAACAGACGUUUCAUUGCACUUGGUUGCUUUCCCGCCAAAUUGUUAAAUCGGGAGUUCGUUUACAACGAUAUCCCGAUUAAACUGCUAUCCCCUGCCAUAUCGUAAAAUCGAGCUUCCAUUUUAAUUUCAUAUUGGAAUUUUUUUUUUUGAUCUAAAGGUACCUGGUAACUAAAAAUUCUUUGAGAAAUAAUUUCGUUAUUUCUCUGCCAGGAAUACUUGGUCAGCAAAGGAUUCAUUCAUCGUGACCUGGCAGCCCGUAAUAUCCUACUUGGUGAGGACAGAGCGGUGAAGAUUGCUGAUUUUGGUUUGUUACGCCACGCAAAUGAGGGUGAAAUAUACGAAGUUACGAGCGUACACAAGCUACCAAUGAAAUGGAUGGCACCUGAAGCGUUCGAAAGCGGCAUUUUUACUUUCAAGACUGACGUGUGUAUAUAUGUUAACGAGGUCACAGUUAGGCCGAGCUUAGGCUUCCUGUGAUGCAGUGUAAAGUUGAGGUUUUAGAUAACAAAGACCCUGCAAUGUACUGUUUAGAACUGUCUGAAAAGAAAGAGCACAAUUUUGAUCAUGACACUGUCUACAGUAGCGGUUAUCACUCUAUCUCUAAAGAAAUACUCAAGUGUUUGGAAAACAUUAGCCUGUUCCAGGCGUGAAUCUUGAAAAUAAGAUAUAUAAACAGAAACUUUGAGCCAAUGAAGUUAAUCAGAGACCAUCUUGAAUCCUAGAUUCCAGGCUCCACAUCCCGCAUUCCAGAUACUAGAUUCCGGAUUCCAACUCAGUGUAUUCCAGAUUUCAAAAGGCCUAGAUUCCAGAAUUUCAUAGUUAGCUGGAUUCCGGAUUCCAAAGUCCAUGACUCCAAGCAAAAAUUUCCUGGAUUACCAUCCAUGGGGCGAGAUAAACAAAAUUGAUAUUUCUAUGAAGUUAAUUCUUGCAAUUUCUUUAUCUGCUUCCUUUUAUUGCAGAUGGUCUUUUGGAGUUGUUUUGUGGGAACUAGCCACCAUGGGUAAGCUAGUUUUAUAAAUCUUUGUAUACUGAUGCUGGUAGAAUAAUACUCUAGACAUUUUCCUAUACCCGAGGGAAUUGAGAGGAAUCCCCAAUGACAGUAGUUAGGGAAAAGCUGGCUGUUCAAUUUUCGGAUAGCAGUCACGGAAGAAUCGAACCGCUUUAUAAAAGAAGACAUUCUCGCAUAAUGUCGUGAUUGCUAAACAACUAGAAAAAAACUAAUAGGCUAACUUCCGCCGCUCUCCCAGCCGUCUUUACCGAGGAGGAGCGCAGACUCAUAAUAAUCCAGCCUAUAAGUCAUACCCUUAACCACAACUUGACCUGAUAUCACGUGUCACUUGGCGAAAUGAAUACUCAGUAAUGUUAAACUUGUACAUUACGUUAUUUUAAUCCCUCCUGGAGGUUGGUAAAUUGAUAAUACAUGAUGGUCAUUGAACUGAGUGGAGAGCAAUUUGGUCUGAAAUCAUACGUGUGAUUGGAGCGCGAGUUCGAUUCGAGAUCAGAAGUAUGGUUUCAGACUAAAAUUGCACGACACGAAGUAAAAUUAUCACUUUAUUACAGCCAUUUUGAAAUCGCAAAAUUUCAUCCGUACCAGCAGUGACUGGCCGUGGCACCAGACAAGUUAGCUCGUUGUCCCCCAUACUCGUUAACAUAUAUUCUGAAGCUAUGCUAAGAGAUGCUAGCGCUUUAAGUGGUGUGAAUGAAGGUAUUCAAGUGGGAGGUCAUCUCAUUAAGACAGUGCGUUUUGCGGAUGAUCAAGCAACCUUAGCCAGUUCAGUUAAAGGUCUGCAACUUAUGAUGGGUAAAAUGCAGGAAAGCGCGGGGGAAUAUGAUAUGAAGAUCAAUGUUAAGAAGACUAAGGUGAAGAAAAUCUGUAAGAGGCCUGGUGAUGAAUUCACGAUCUUUCUUGAGGGUAAACAAUUCAGUCAAGAAUCGUUGCACUUUAACCACCUUUGGAGCCUCAUUACACAGGAUGGAUCCUGUUAAAACUAAAUUAGAUCGAGAAUAGCCCGAAAACGCGGUUACUAAGAAAAAAGAACUGCUGACAAAAGCCUUCAGCGCGCUAGCCUUUGCCUGAAGAAGAGAAUUAUAGAGACUGUCAUCUGGGGUACUCUUCUGAAUGGAGCCGAAUGAUAGACCUUAAAGAAAGAGGACGUGCGAAGGCUGGAGAGCUGUGGGAUGUGGCUUUGGAGAAAGGUUUUAAACAUAUAUUGGUCUGACAAAGUCUGUAACGAAGAAGUAUUGAGGCGUGACGGUGCGGAGAGUGCCAUCAUAUCUGUUAUCAACAGAAGACAGAGAGUCUGGCUUGGUCAAACCCUACGACAUGGUGAUCAUGUCUCAUUAGUUAUUGAGGGAAGAAGACCAGGAAAAAGACCACCUGGAAGACCUCAAGCGGAAAUGCUGGAUAGAGUGAAGGAUGGCAGCUUUUACGUAGCGGUCAAAAUGCGUGCCUUAAAUCGAGAACUAUAAGGAAGGACCUGCCUGUGGGCAGAUCAAAUAGCCUGUUGAAAAGCGGAAACAAAAGGGCUUUUUCAUCUCAUUUGUAUUCGAAACAGAAAUGAUGCGAUAUAAAGCAAGGUGCUACGGUGCAACAGGACAAGAGUAAACUUAUUAUACCUUGGAAUCAGGGAUAAUCAUUGGAACUAUGUUAACUUUUAGACCUUGAAACACAUUGCAAUUAAUUUUUAACCGUAUUAAAAGCAUCUUGGAAUAUUAAACUUUCAUCUUGGAUUAAAACAUUGGAACUUUAUCGAACUUUGUAACCCUGGGUUCGACCCUGGAUAAAGCAAGCGGAUGUUUUGUUUUGUUUUGUUCCAUUAACCUAGAUAGAACGCCAUUAUGCUUCCAUAGACCAACGCAUCCCACGGAAACGACUUUAGGCGUCUUGUUGAGGGAAGAAUACCUGGAAAGAGACCACCUGGAAGACCUCGAGCGGGAAUGCUGGAUAGAGUGAAGGAUGGCAGCUCUUACGUAGCGGUCAAGAGGCGUGCCUUAGAUCGAGAACCAUAAGGAAGGGCUUGCCUAUGGGCAGAUCAAAUAGCCUGUUGAAAAGCGAAAACAAAAGGACUUUUACAGCUCAUUUUGUAUUCGAAACAGAAAUGAUGCGAUGUCAAGCAAGGUGCGACGGUUCGACGUGGUUUAGAACAGAUGUGAUUGUGUGAUUCGUAAAUAAAUCACUCUGCUGAGAGCUAAUCAGAUUGCAGGGAUCACCAGCGAUUUCAAAAUGAAAAAUUAGAAAAGCCUGAUAAUCUUUGAUAAGAGAGCAUUGAUCUCUAUUUUUUUUAUUUUAGGGGGUACUCCAUACCCUGGGAUAAGCCCUAUGAGGCUAUGCAGUUUACUUAAAUCUGGAUAUCGGAUGGAGAAACCCAACACGUGCAGCGAUGAAAUGUAAGUCAUAAUAGAAAUAAUAAAAGACGCCCGAAAAGAGAGUACGAUGAAGAAAUACUUUCAUAGUCCUUCAAACAGUUUUUUUUUUCUAAAAUUGUCAGCCUUUUCCAAGGAGUGGAAACUGCAGCGCACCUCUUUCCUUUACGUUGCCCCAUUCUAAAAAGAGCCCAUAGAACAUAAGUGUCUUCAAUAUUCAAAGUAAACGGAGACAUAUCUUUCUGUAGUGGUAUUUUAAACUAUGGCUUCCUUUUUCAACAGAUACAAAUUGAUGAUGGACUGCUGGAAGGAGGAUCCAAAUGAACGACCCUCAUUCGUUCAACUAAUACCGAUACUGGAAGAGAUGAUGACAGAAGAUACCCCUUACUAUUAUUUCAGACUCCUGGAUCAGAACCAGCCAUGUUACCGUGAGGCAUCCGCCACUAACACCAGUAAAGCUAGUACUCUUGAUACGAAGCUGUAA